UGUCUGGGAGCCACAGAAGGCAGAAGGGCAGAGGCGGUGAGAGCCAGCGUGGGGGAGAGACGCAGAGGGAAAGCAAGAAUCGGACCAGAAAGGGGACAAGGACCCCAGCAUUCACCCGCACAGCCGUCAGGUCGCUGGAGCCACCCCAGGGGCCGCUGUGCCGUCUGUCCCCAUGGGCUGCCGGGGACCGUGGCUGCACACUUGUCUCCUCUGGGCCGCUGUGGCCAGCCUGCUCCUCCCUCCUGCCGUCACCCAGCAGCUGAGAGGGGCUGGGCUGGGCCCCAGCACCUGGAUCAACAAUGCAGGCGCCCCAGGGCCCUCAGGGGAGGCGGCGGCGGCCGGGCUUGGCCACCAUGGCCACAGCCACCGAAGCCCUGGGGAGGAGAAUGAGGACGUGUCCAUGGAGAACGGACAUCACUUCUGGAGCCACAGAGACCACGGAGAGACGGACGACGAAGUCUCCAGGGAAUACGGCCACCAACCCCAAGGACACAGGUAUCACAGCCCUGAGGCUGGAGACGAGAGUGUCUCUGAGGAGGGUGUCCACAGGGAGCAGGCUCGACAGGCCCCCGGGCAUGGAGGCCACGGCGAGGCAGGCGCGGAAGACCUAGCCGAGCAUGGCAGCCACGGCCACGGCCACGAAGAGGAGGACGAGGAUGUCAUCUCCAGCGAGCGUCCCCGCCAUGUCCUCAGGCGUGCACCCCGAGGCCACGGGGGGGAGGAAGAGGGUGAAGAAGAGGAGGAGGAGGAGGAGGUCUCCCCAGAGCACAGGCACCGGGGCCACGGGAAGGAAGAUGAGGAAGACGAGGAUGAUGACUCUACUGAGAGCGACCGUCACCAGGCCCACAGGCACCGGGGCCACAGAGAGGAAGAAGAUGAAGAUGAUGAUGAUGACGAAGGCGACUCUACUGAGAGCGACCAUCACCAGGCCCACAGGCACCGGGGCCACGAAGAGGAAGAGGAUGAGGAAGAUGAUGAUGACGAAGGUGACUCUACUGAAAGCGACCGUCACCAGGCCCACAGGCACCGGGGCCACAGAGAGGAAGAGGAUGAAGAUGAUGAUGACGAAGGUGACUCUACUGAGAGUGACCGUCACCAGGCCCACAGGCACCGGGGCCACAGAGAGGAAGAGGAUGACGAUGAUGAUGAUGACGAAGGCGACUCUACUGAGAGUGACCGUCACCAGGCCCACAGGCACCGGGGCCACAGAGAGGAAGAGGAUGAAGAUGAUGAUGACGAAGGCGACUCUACUGAGAGUGACCGUCACCAGGCCCACAGGCACCGGGGCCACAGAGAGGAAGAGGAUGAAGAUGAUGAUGACGAAGGCGACUCUACUGAGAGUGACCGUCACCAGGCCCACAGGCACCGGGGCCACAGAGAGGAAGAGGAUGAAGAUGAUGAUGACGAAGGCGACUCUACUGAGAGCGACCAUCACCAGGCCCACAGGCACCGGGGCCACAGAGAGGAAGAGGAUGAGGAAGAUGAUGACGAAGGUGACUCUACUGAGAGCGACCGUCACCAGGCCCACAGGCACCGGGGCCACGGAGAGGAAGAAGAUGAAGAUGAUGAUGACGAAGGUGAACACCAUCACGUCCCUCACCGUGGGCACCGAGGCCAUGAGGAAGAUGAUGGUGGUGAUGAUGAUGAUGGUGAUGACAGCACUGAGAAUGGGCACCAGGCCCACAGGCACCAAGGCCACGGGAAAGAAGAGGCUGAGGUGACCUCGGAUGAGCACCAUCAUCACGUCCCCGACCACGGGCACCAAGGCCACGGAGACAAGGAAGGUGAAGAAGAGGGUGUGUCCACCGACCACUGGCACCAGGUUCCCAGACACGCCCACCACGGCCCCGGAGGGGAGGAGGAAGGGGGGGAGGAGGAGCUCACGGUCAAGGCUGGCCACCACGUUGCAAGCCACCCACCCCCUGGCCACAGGAGCAGAGAGGGCCACGCAGAGGAGCAUCAGACGGAAGUCCCCGGCCACCACCAGCACAGGAUGGGAGACACGGACACCUCUGCUGAGCGUGGCCAUCCAGCCUCCAGCCCCAGGCAGCAAGGCCACCCCCCGGAAGACACUGUACAUCAUCACAGAGGGUCCCUGAAAGAGGAGGUUGGCCCUGAGUCCCCGGGACCCGCGGGGGUCAAGGACGGAAGCCGUGUGAAGAGGGGCGGCUCUGAGGAGGAGGAGGAGCAGAAAGGCACCCACCACCACAGCCUGGAAGACGAGGAAGAUGAGGAGGAAGGCCAUGGCCGCAGCCUGAGCCAGGAAGACCAGGAGGAAGAGGACAGGAGAGGAGAGAGCGCUAAGGUUCAGGCCCCACUACGCCACCACAGGGAGGAGGAGGAGGAGGAGGAGGAGGAGGAGGAGGAGGAAGGCCGGCUCCCCUUCACCAUCAUCCCCAACCCACUGUCCGGGAGGGAGGCAGCUGGAGGGGCCUCCAGUGAGGAGAGUGCUGAAGACACAGGGCCAGAGGACACCCAGGAGUACGGCAACUACCAGCAAGGGUCCCUGUGUGGCUACUGCACCUUCUGCAACCGCUGCACUGAAUGCGAGCACUGUCACUGUGACGAGGACAGCAUGGGCGAGCACUGCGACCAGUGCCAGCACUGUCAGUUCUGCUACCUCUGCCCGCUUGUCUGUGAAACUGUCUGCACGCCAGGAAGCUACGUCGACUACUUCUCCUCGUCCCUAUACAAGGCCCUGGCGGACAUGCUGGAGACGCCGGAGCCGUGAGCUGGCCGCGCCGCAGGGAGGCCUCCCGGGACGGCGAGCCGGAUUUGUCCCCCUGAAUAAACGCGCGCCCCGAAACCUC